AUGGCAAACAUCGACCGCCCCAAAACACCCCUCGACGAAACCCUCUGGCGCGACCAAGCCUGGUACCGCACCUGGGGCCCCCUCACCCCAUUCACUGUAAUGGACUACUUCCGCCUCUCCACCUUCUUCGACAACACCUCCAACAACGGCACCCUCUUCCAACAAAUGCAAUUCCGCCCCGAAAUCCGCCAAGAGCUGGCCACGCCCGACCUCUUCAACGCGCGCCUCCGCCGCAUGACGGGCGUCGAAUACAUGCUCGCCACCGGCUCCUCCGACACGGGCGUCUGGGUGAUAAGGAAGCAGCUGCGGCGCGGCGUGGUGAGGGCUGAGGACGGGCAGGAGGUCGAGGAUGUGAGUGUGCUUGCGACGUACUAUGUCGUGGGUGAGAAUGUGUUUAUGGCGCCGGCGGUGGGGGCGGUGUUGAUGAACCGGAUGUUAACCGCCAUCACGGCCCUCCGCAGCGCCCAGUCCAUCGCCGCCAGCAUCGCCGAAUACCGCCCCGCCGGCUCCUCCACCGCCGCUUCCACCUCCGAGAAAAAAGCCGACAACAGCGGCGCCAGCGCCAGCAAUAGCAGCGUAGGCGGUAGCAGCGCGAAGGAGCUGCCGAGGGCGCUGGCGCUGCAUCUGAAGUACCAGGGCGAGUAUAUGGACGACCAUGCGCCGCUGCUUGGGGAUCCAGGGAGCUUUCUGCAGAGCGGGCCGGCGGCUGGGGGAGGGGCGGCGGGAGGAGGAGGUGGGGGGGUGGGAGGGGCGGUGGGUGCGGGGGUGGGUGGGGUGGGGGGCAUGGGGAGGGGGAGUAGGAGUGGGACGCCGGCGGGGGAGAAGAAGGAGGUGGGGACGCCGAGGAGGAAAUAG